UCCAAUGUUUUUCAUCAUCACUAUAUAAGCUGCAAAACUCUGCAAUUCAAUUUCAUCAUUCACAACAACUCCAUAAUAGCUUCAAUUUCUUCUAAUUCAGUUUUUUCGCAUCUGUCAUUAAUUAAUCAGUAUUAAUAUUACUAUAUAGUUGUAUUAUUGUAUACAAUUACGACGUAGACAUGGGAGAAGUACAUCAUCAUGAUGAUGAAGAUGAAUAUUUGAGAUCAGAAUUAGCUCUGUUACAAUUCUCUGAUGCUAAUUUCAAAUCUCCAUUAUCUCCAACUUUGUUCAUACAUAUUCAUGAUGAACCAACCACUAAUUCUGGCUCUGAAUCCGACUCAUUGUCAUCAGAAAGUGAGCAAGUUCAGCAUCCAAAAGAUGAGUGGCUUCCAAUUACAGAAUCAAGAAAUGGAAAUGCAUAUUAUGCAGUCUUCCAUAUUCUUAAUUCAAACAUUGGAUUUCAAGCUCUUAUGCUUCCUGUUGCCUUUGCCACUCUUGGUUGGGCAUGGGGUAGUGUGUGUUUAACAAUUGCAUUCAUUUGGCAACUUUAUACAAUAUUUCUCCUAAUUGAGCUUCAUGAAUCUGCCUCUAGAAAACGUCAUAGUAGAUACCUCUUCCUUGCUAUGUCUGCCUUUGGGGAAAGGUUAGGAAAAUUAGCAGCACUAUUUCCAGUAAUGUACCUAUCAGGAGGUACUUGUGUUACGCUUAUAAUCACUGGUGGUGGGACAAUGAAACAAUUAUUCAAGAUUCUUUGUGAAAAUGAUAACGGAGUUCAGACAUGUAGCGCUCACUCGCUAAGCGGUGUGGAGUGGUUCUUGGUGUUUACUUGUGCAGCCAUACUCAUUGCUCAGUUGCCUAAUCUCAAUUCAAUAGCUACUGUCUCUUUGGUGGGCGCUGUUAUUGCAAUCAGUUACUGCACACUCUUUUGGUCCCUUUCUGUUAAGAAGGGUAGGCCAAUGGGUGUGUCCUAUAGUACUACAUUGAUGUCACAAGAAUCCUCUGUAGUGAAGAUUAGUGACAUUAUGAAUGCUAUUGGAAUUAUUGUGCUAGCUUUUAGAGGGCACAAUGUUGUGCUAGAAAUACAGGGGACACUUCCUUCAAAUUUUAAAGAAACUUCAAAAGAACCAAUGCGCAGAGGAGUCACUGUUUCAUAUAUACUCAUUGCCACAUGUCUAUUUCCCCUCGCAAUUAUCGGAUUCUGGGCAUAUGGAAAUCAGAUACCUGAUCGAGGAUUAUUAACGGCGUUCACACAAUUUCACAAACAACAAGUAACAAAAUUCUCAAUGGGUGCAUUAUAUGUUCUAGUGAUAUUGCAUUGUUUGUGUAGCUUCCAAGUCUACGCCAUGCCUGUUUUUGACAACUUGGAACUAAGAUACACAAUCUUAAAGAAUCAGAAAUGUCCACGAUGGUUGAGAACAUGCUUACGCUUAAUCUUUGGAGGGAUCACAUUUUUUAUAGCGGUCACAUUCCCUUUCUUGCCAAGCCUUGCAGCACUCCUUGGUGGAAUUACCCUCGUGCCUGUUACAUAUGCAUACCCUUGUUUCAUGUGGCUAGCAAUUAAGAAACCACGUGCAAAGGGUGUAGUAUGGUGCUUCAACCUCGUACUUGGUUGCUUAGGGAUGCUUCUCAGUGUUCUUUUGGUGGCUGCUGCUAUAAGGACUUUGGCUGACAAAGGAUUACAUGCUAAUUUUUUCAAACCUUAAUAAAGGACAAGGACUUAGCUUACCCAUGAUAAUUUUAAUUUUAUUUAGCAAUAGUUUAUUUUUUUUUUAUUUUUUUUUGUCAUGUAGCUUAGUUGCUAGAAACUCCAGUUCUUAUAU